UUGUUUCAACUGCACGCAAUCGAGGGCAAUCUUGAUCAAUACCGGUCUUUCCAAGACCGGACGAUUAAUGGGAAGUUGUAAAUUCCCAAUGGAAAUAAAUGCAUAAAACCAGCAGAUCAACCGAAGCGAAUUAGUUUCAUUGUCACUCUUCGUGCCGAUCAUUGUCGCGUUAAACAUGUACCGACUUGUCCUUGUAAUCGCUUUAGGGCUUUUAUGCGUGCUGCAUCCAUCCAAGGGCCAAUCGGACUUAAACGACUUAGGCACCGUAACUGAUCAAGCGAGUCCACAACCGGCAGUGAGCACAUCAGUUGAUAGCGCAGCAUAUCGUUCAUGUUUCACCAAUUGUCGCACUAUUCCCACUUACAAUCCAGUGUGCGGCAGCGACGGAGUCAGCUACGAUAACGAAUUCAAGCUACAGUGCGCCAGACUGUGCGGAAUUGAGGUCCAGGUGGUCAGGGGCGGAACGUGCGCUGCAUUGUAAAGGGGCGAUUGAAAUUAUUAUUUCCAACUUUAUUAAAUAUUGUUGAAAACAUAGAUACAAGAAAUACAUCAAAAUUUGCGGUGGAAA